AUGAUUCACGAUACUGUUAACCGGGGUCGGCCGACGCCCACGGUUGUCUGGCUGGUGAGCGAGGUGUGGCGCGCGCCGGUCACCGAGGACACGCCUAGGGUGAUCAGCGCUGCCCUCGCUGUGCCCCAGCUGACGCACCGCCGCCUCCACGCCGUCUUGGAGUGUCGGGCCUUCAACUUCAACGGCUCUCUGCCCGCCUUCGCCACGGCCACCCUCAACGUGAACUCCGUACUGCCGCGCCCACAGCAAGACCAUCUACGGCACGGCGCUUCUCGAGCCGACCAGGGUCACCUGCGAGGUGGAGGCCAGCCCGAGCCCCGUCACCUUCAGGUGAAUCUUCAACAACACCUCGGAGCACCUGCCCAUCCCUUCCUCCGUCGUCACCUCACAGGACCUCGUGUCGGUGGCCAGCUAUACGCCCCGGAGAGCCACCUGGACUACGGCACGCUGCUUUCCCGGGCCUUCAACAGCAUCGGCGAGCAGAGUGUGCCGUGCGCCUUCGCCAUCAUCCCGGCAGGCCACCCAGACCCGCCCAAGAACUGUUUCAUCGCCAACCAGACCACGGAGACCAUCGAGGUGGAGUGCGUGGCGGGCUUCGACGGAGGCCUCCAGCAGACCUUUUAUAUAGAGGCCGAGAGUGAGCGCAAAGCAGGCUGCAAAGUAAGGCUGUAAAAGAAACAAUGAACACGUUUUCCAUUUGAUUGUGUUGUUUCACCUUCGCCGCCACCUCCACCACACGGUCGCGGCAGAACAUAAUCUUGCACAGCCGCAUCCCUGCGUGACUCCUUCAACACAGCUUUAUCCAACGCCGCCCUUCAACGUAGUAAUACCGGGCGCUCUUCCACG